CUAGCAGAGUAUUAUCUCUUACAACUAUCUCCCAAGGCGGUAAGGCCCCAUCACCCCGCCACCAUCAGGAAAUACCAAAUCCUGUGCUGCCAUGGCUCUGAGCUACUGGUUCUUCUGGGCCUGGUGGUUACCCCUGAUGCUUGCAGUCGCGGCUGAGGAACGAGUGGAAGGUUGCUUGGGCUCCACCAAGACAUGCGGCAACCUCACCAUCUCCGACCCGUUCUGGCUCACCGACCUGCAGACGGGAAGAUCAUGUGGUUCUCCGGAUUUCGAGGUCACCUGCAGUAACAAGACUCCAGUCCUACGGGGUACCCGAUCCGUUGGCUUCGUGAUUGUCAAUAUCACCUACGAAGAACGCAGUAUGUGUGCGAUUGAUGUGGGCAAGCAGGAGUUACUGCACGACUCCAACAGCUGCUAUGGCCAGAUCUGGAAUACCUCCGUCAAACUCGGCAGCUCGUUUCGGAUCAGCCCCAACAACUUGAACCUCAUGCUGUACAACUGCAGGACAACAGCAGUGUCGGCGGCGGUACGUCGGAAAAGAGCGUUGGCUGAGACAAGACUGAGGUGCGGAAAUGAGAGUCAGAUGUUCGUCGGCGCAGCAGGGAGUUACAAUGAGACGAGCGACAACGCCGGCUACGCUAUCGAUGGCUGCGAGGCUAUCCUCGUGCCGGUGCUGGGUGGUGCAAACGGCAAGGUGAACAUGAGUGACUACGAGCAUCUCAUCAGCGAUGGCUUCCUCCUGACAUGGGACGGCCUUCCUCCUCUACCCCUUGCACGUAGCAAGUGGACUGGCAGGAAGAUAAUACUAAUUGUUCUGACAUCAGCAGCUGCAGCCUUGAUCUUUCCAUGCAUUUAUGUACUGACCUGGCAUAGAAAGGGGGAAAGACUAUGUUUUAUCCUCUGCAAGAAGACUAGCAGUAGCACGGAACGGAAUUACGAGGCCAUGAUAAUAUCUUACGGAUCCCUAGCUCCAAGAAGAUACAUGUACUCAGAGGUAAUGAAGAUAACGUCUUCUCGCAAUGAUCAGCUUGGAAGAGGUGGUUAUGGUGUGGUUUUCAAAGGAAGACUGCAUGAUGGUCGUCUGGUUGCUGUGAAAUUCUUGCAUGAAUGCAAAGGAAACGGUGACGAGUUUGUCAAUGAGGUUAUGAGCAUUGGUAGGACCUCUCAUGUUAAUGUUGUUAGUUUACACGGGUUUUGUUUGGAGGGAUCAAAACGAGCGCUUAUAUAUGAGUACAUGCCCAAUAGUUCCUUGGAUAAGUACAUUUACUCAGAGAACCCCAAAGAAAUGUUAGGAUGGGAGAGGCUCUAUGCCAUAGCAAUUGGGACUGCACGUGGCCUAGAAUACUUGCACCAUAGCUUUAAUACACGCAUCGUCCAUUUCGAUAUCAAGCCUCAAAAUAUUCUUCUAGACAAAGACUUUAGCCCAAAGAUUGCUGAUUUUGGUCUCGCUAAACUGUGUCAUACAAAGGAGAGUAAGCUUUCAAUGACUGGUGCCAGAGGAACAAUUGGAUUCAUUGCUCCAGAAGUUCACUAUCGAACCUUUGGAGUGGUUUCAACAAAGUCAGAUGUUUAUAGUUAUGGAAUGAUGCUGCUGGAAAUGGUUGGAGGCAGAAGAAACGUAAAAUCAAUUGUUGGAAAAUCCAGCGAAAAGUAUUUUCCAGAUUGGAUUUACGACCACUUUGCACAAGAUGAUGGACUCCGAGCAUGUGAAAUCACAGGUGAAUUUGAGGAAAUCGCAAGAAAGAUGAUCAUAAUUGGCUUGUGGUGCAUCCAAGUAUUACCUAUGUAUCGCCCCACUAUAACAAAAGUUCUAGAAAUGUUCGAGAGAAACAUAGAUGAUCUUGAGAUGCCACCGAAGCAGAGCUUCUGUGAACUACUUGAAAGUUCAGCUCACAACAUGGAUGUGCAAAGUGCAACUUCUACCAGAUCUGAGGAGAUAAGCCUUGUGGAUUCAAAAAACCUACAACGGUUACGAACUCUUUGAGCUCAUAAGCCAUUGUGAAUCCAAAAAAACACAAAAUGAUUUCCAACUAUUUAAGGUGGCAUGUACUACGGUACUUUCUGAUAUAACAAGCGCAGCAAAAAUCGGCAUUGUAUCAUACAACAUAUUCCAUGUAUGCAUGACCUCCCUAGAGUCAACCACAUCUUAGCGUCCGUAUCUCUUACCUACCAGAAAAGGAAUAGCUUGGGUGCCCGAUGAUUUUUGUAUUCCAAGUUUCUACCGCUAAAAAGCAUUGGUGCUAAUGACAGAGGCACGC